CAUAAAUCAGAACAGGAGCGACAAUCAUCCGCCAUAGAAAUGCCUUAUCAACAGCAGAGAGGUGCUGAUUAAACAUGCCGGCCGGCGUUAGGCCAAAGAACGCACCCCUGCUCCGCUGAAUUCGGGCAGUCACCUGAUCGGCACCGUGUAGCUGGGAGCGCAGCUCAACACCCAAGUGUGUGGUUUCCUGUCGGUGCUUCAGGAUCUGUCCACAUAGCUGCCACUGAGGCGUCCGAGAGAGGAACUCGGCCCCGAAUAUAAAGCUGUGACUCUUGGUCAAGCUUUGGUUCACAUGUACAAAAUCUAUCCUCCACAACACUGAGAAGGAGGAGACGAUAUGAAGCAUUGAUUGAAGAUCGCGUGCGCUACUAGACAUAAUCAGAAUAUCAUCAGCAUAUGCAACUGCUGGGAUGUGGUGGCCAUACAGCGUGGCGCCCAAGCGACAGUCAUUGAGCUGUUGGAUGAGCGGGUAUAAAAACAUAUUGGUGAGGCACGGCGAUAAAAGCGCACCCUGUCUCACUCCUCGGCGCACACAGAAGGCGUCUGACAGCUUCCCACCAAAACGUACUCGGGCUGACAGAGCGGCACCAUGGGCGGCCGGACGCGCACUGUGUCGGCUUCGUCCGACUUCUCCGAGUACUUCCACGAGAUAAACGACCGCCAGGUGGACGACAUCUCCAUCGAGUUCUUCUACAAGCCGCACACCAUCACGCUGUUACUGCUGUCCGUCGGAACUAUGCUCUAUAUGGCCUUCACCAGGGAUGAGACCGUCAGCCAUCAGAAUAACAUCUGGACGGGCAUGUGCUGCGCCACAUUCUUCUUCCUGGUGAUAUCCGUUCUGACGUUCCCGAACGGACCGUUCACCCGGCCGCACCCGGCCCUCUGGCGGCUCGUCUUCGGCUGUAGCGUGCUCUACCUCAUGUUCCUGGUCUUCAUACUCUUCCAGGAUUACGAGACUGUGCGGAGCAUUUUGGUUUUCUUCUACCCGGAGCUGCAGAACUUCACCAUCGACAUGGACGAGAGCAACUGGGGACAGAACUGCAACCCACUGACGUUCGACAAGAUCUGGAGCAGCCUGGACAUCUUCGCGUUCGCGCACCUGUUCGGCUGGAUGAUGAAGGCGCUGCUGAUCCGGCACUACGGCCUCCUCUGGACCAUCUCCAUCAUGUGGGAGGUGACUGAGCUGCUGUUUGCCCACCUGCUGCCUAACUUCAUCGAGUGCUGGUGGGACGCCAUCAUCCUGGACAUCUUGCUCUGUAACGGCGUCGGCAUCUACAUCGGCAUGAAGGUGUGCCGCUGGCUGGAGAUGCGGGACUACAAGUGGGAGAGCAUCAAGGACAUUUCGACCACGAGUGGCAAGGUGAAGCGCGCGCUGAUGCAGUUCACGCCCGAGUCGUGGAUCCAGGUGCGGUGGAUGGACUCGGACAGCCCGGCCAAGCGGGUGCUCUCCGUGUCGCUGCUGGUCAUCGCCUGGCAGCUCACCGAGCUCAACACGUUCUUCCUGAAGCACGUGUUUCAGAUGCCGCCGCACAACCCGUUCAACGCCAUCCGCAUCCUGUGUCUGGGACCGAUCGUGGCGCCCACAAUUAGGCAGUACUACCUGUACGUGACGGACCGUCGCGUGAAGCGGAUGGGCACCCAGUGCUGGGUAUACAUCUGCAUCACGCUCUCGGAGGCGUUUAUCUGCUUCAAGUUCGGCCGCGAACUGUUCAAGCAGACGGUGGUGACGAACGUGCUGAUCUGGCUGCUGCUGCAGAUGGUGAUCACGUUCGUGUGCGUCUACCUGUGCGUCACCUGGAACCGGCGACGGGAGAUCAAGGACGUGGGCAAUGACUCUGGUCUGGGCCUGAACUCCAGUGUGCUGGACACGCCUCAGCCAGGGGAGGGCGGUCGCCGGCCGAGCCCCUCUGCCGACCGGAGCGCCGACCUGCGCCGACGCGCUGGCGGAGUGUCGGCGCGGGACCGGCUGAACGCAGUGGCCUCCGGCGCCGCACCGCGCCGCUCGGUGCGGCUCGGCGGCGCUGUGAGCGAGGACGGCGACCGCUUCUGAGCGCGGCGCGGACGAACGGUCUCGCAUCCAGCGCGUCCGCCGGUCCGGCUCUAGUCAGUAGAGGAGGCAGUGAGAGGUGUGCGGACGGCGGAGGGCGAGGAUGAGCGAAGUGAACCGAGCCGGGAGGGACGAUGGGAGGUGCAGCAAUGAAGGGACUGCCAGCUAUCAUAGUCGAAUUACAUCGUAGGCAUUUGUAUCGUCAGGGUGCGUCACGCGUGUCGUGCCCGCGCUUGUGGUGGGAGGACUGGAUGGCGGCGCCGCGUGGCGGAUGGACCCGGGGCUACCAGCUCUGCGGCUAACUGCCCUGGUGAUGCGCCUUGGUGUGAAGACCUAAUGCCACCGCCGACAGCUCCCGUUCGACCAGUAUUUCCUGACGUCCAUCAUCCAAACGAUCGCUCUUCGCUGUUCCUAUAGCGUUGUAUGGCUGGCUUUGUCGUCACGUGUUCAGCUAGCUGUCAACAAGCAAUCGUGUUUUGACUGCGAGCGUGUCGGUGGUAUGGAGACCAAUCAUGCGCUGUGUUUUGUAUCGGGUGGGAGGGCCGGCGGGGACGGCCCGUAUCGGGUCCACUCGGCGACCGGAGACCUCGCGACUUCCUCUCCUCUCCUGACUUCUCGGACCAUAUAAUCAUGCAACCGAGCUCAAAGGUACCCUCUUGUGCACCGUGCCGUGACUGAGCCUCUUCUGCGUCUGUCACUCUGUAUCACUCCCAUUGCUCACCGUACUGUGUCGAAUGUCCCGCUUCUUUUCACCUGUCAGUGUCACCGUGUUGUACCAAUUUCGCACUGUCCGCGUCGCUGCUAGUUUACUUAUCCGUGGGGCUCGGCGUGCCAUUGUCGCUCAGCCUCUGAUGGCUGUGCUGUGACGAUACUCACGUGUGUUUUGCAUGUUCUCUUGCCAAUUGCCAUACUGGGAGACAUCUCUGGAACGCGAACCGCUUUGUGACUGGGAUGCGGCUGUUUUGUGGCAGCCACUCGAAUCUCCCGGCACUGGAUUAGGCUUUGUAUCACCGUUGUAUCGCCGAACGAAGUCAGUCGCGGACUCGCGGGACGCGGUAUCACUGUGUAGUGCGUAUUGAGCGCAGCCACAGCGGGCUUGGUCAUGGGUGUUCGAACGCUCAUACAGUGAAUCCAUCGUGGCUGGAAGGAUGCUGAGAGUGACUUUUGCACGCAUAUCUGCCUGCGUGAGAGUGAAGACCAAGUCGAGGGUACUGGGCAUGCCGCCCGCCGGUAGCCGAAUGUAUGAGGCGGCAAGCCCUGUGUCCUGACGAUGUCUAGGGGUCCGCUGUGUCCUGGAUAGCCGGUCGUAUAAUGUCUGUGUCUUGACGAUGCCGGGCCCCGCCGGCCAGUGACGCGGUGCCCACUGGCGUCUCCCGGCGGGGUGGUGUCGGUCCGAGGCACCUGGGACACUGCUCGGCGACCGGCAGUGGUCCAACACAGCCACAGUGUGAUGUGUGCCGACCGGUGCCCCGUGACGCGAUAUGAGGUUCGAUAUCAUAUUGCCUGUCCAGGCGGGAAAUACAAGUGUUCUCGCUCACA